AUGUAUUCGCAACAGGCGGGCAUUGCCCCUCAAAAGCCAGAGACCUUUAUGCUAAGCACCGAGGCUCAACAAGCUCUGCCGCACGAUGCUCAAGUAGCUCUGCAGCAGGUCGAUAAUCUCAAAUACUUUCUCAUUUCGGCACCUGUCGACUGGCAACCAGACCAAUACAUCCGGAGGUUCCUCCUGCCCACUGGAGAAUACGUCUCUUGCGUGCUAUGGAACAAUCUCUUCCACAUCUCCGGCACCGACAUUGUGCGAUGCCUUUCCUUCAGAUUUCAAGCCUUUGGCCGCCCGGUCAAGAACUCAAAGAAGUUUGAGGAGGGCAUCUUCUCAGAUCUGCGGAACCUGAAGUCUGGGACUGACGCUUCCCUGGAGGAGCCCAAGAGCCCUUUCCUCGACUUCCUGUACAAGAACAACUGCAUCCGGACGCAAAAGAAGCAGAAGGUGUUCUACUGGUACAGCGUUCCCCACGAUCGACUUUUCCUUGACGCCUUGGAGAGAGACCUGAAGAGGGAGAAGAUGGGCCAGGAGGCCACCACGGUUGCCGUCAGCGAGCCCGCGCUGUCCUUCCAGUACGACUCUUCUCAGUCGCUGUACGAGCAGCUCACCAAGGCCCAGCAAGCCAACUCGUCUUCCUUCAAUGCCCAACAGGUCUCCUUCCCCCCCUCUCAGUCCACCUCCCCCGUCAUGCGGGCGAUCGACUCGAUGCCCCCUCCCCAGAUGAUCCCUCAGUCGAUGGCCCCUUUGGCGGAUGGGAUGGACGCAAUAGUCCCCUACGGAGCCAUGGCGAUGGCUCCAGCAAUGCCUCAGCAGGUUCAGCAGGUGGUGAAGAGGGAACCUGACUUCGGCCGCGUGCAGUACAACCAGAACGGCGUGCCCGUCGCGCCUGGCCACCAGCGCCAUGCUUCCAUGCCGGCGUAUGGUAUGGAGUACUCGCCGGCUCCCUCCUUCGUCUCGUCUCAGUAUGAUGAUUACGGUGCCCGAGGCAUCUCGUUUGAGCCUCUGACUCCUCCUCAGCUAGGCCCAGGCAUCAACGCCGAGCCUGCGUACAUCGCGAACGAAGAGACGGGCCUCUACACGGCCAUUCCUGACCACCUCAAUGGUGUCAACGGUCUGAACGGCAUGAUCCAGCUCCCCCCCUCCAAUCUGGCUGGGCCUCAAUUCUCUCGAGGCUAUGGGACAAAUAACGUCUACUCUGUGAUCGAAGGAUCGCCGACAUACAAGCAGAGAAGACGGCGUUCAUCCAUACCCCCCGGUAUGUCGGCCAUUGCCGCUGCUACUGCGACCGCCGCCGCACACAGACCGUCUGAUCUGAGGAGGUCCGUGUCCGCGUCGGUCGGCCCAGUCGCAGAGGGCGAUGAAUCACUCGACAAUUCGCCUCCCGGGUUGACUUAUGGCAACUCGGCCAUGAACAUGGCGGCAAGCCAACAACACAAGGAGCUUCUCGAGCUGUCGCGACACGGCACCCCCCUGUCCACUGUCGAAGGCAGCCCGGGUAUGAAUCCCAUGACCCUGCAGCAGCAGGAUUUCUCGCAAUUGACCAAUGAGGACCUGGCCUCGGCUGCUCCCAUGGAUGACCAGAGAAGGGCGAUGCACGGCGCACCCAGCGUUGUGCGGAGGGCCCGCUCAGCCACCGUCAUGGAGCUCGGGCCGUAUCCUCAAAAGUCUCACUCGUGCCCCAUCCCAACGUGUGGUCGUCUGUUCAAGCGCCUCGAGCACCUCAAGCGGCACAAGCGCACGCAUGAUCGCGGUGACGGAGCCGAGGGCGGCUUCAACCUCUCGGGCGAGGACGAGGAGGAGUACUCGGGCGAGGACCAGCUUGGUUCCCUCGAGGAGGCCUCUCCCACCUCCGAGGGUGGUUACAUCCCCUCCUCGCUCAACUCGAUGGCACACGGUGCGACGCCGACGUCGAACGGCAUCAACCCGUCAGCAAUGACGAACGCGCCCACGUUCAACAGCUUGCAAACACUCAGCAUGCCGAUGACCAUGAGCCAACCUCAGGCUAUCAACGCGGGUGCGAUGAUGUGA